AUGGCACUUCAUGUUAAGAUUAUAAGUCAACAUGCGAAUAGUAUUUAGGAACAACUGAAUCUUGUACUUAUUCUGUAAAUGGAAAAUGCUACCUCUAUAAUUCAAAGCACUUGUAUUACUAUUUUAAAUGUUUCUACCGAUUGUGCUAAGAUUACAGGUGUAUCAUUAACUUAUGAAAUUUGUUAAUCAUAUAAUUUGGGAUGCAGUGUUAAUAGAGCCAAAACUGCUUGUGUUUAAAAAGCAGCAUAAUGUUCUGGAUAUUCAACUGCAAUGACAGGUUGCUAUCAAGCAGGAGAAGGAUUAUGUAUUGCAUCCACUAGUAAUGAUUCAGCAUGUGUGCCUGCCUCAAGUUCAUCUACUUGUGAAACAGUAUUUUUAGGAACAGGCAAUUAUACUCAUGAUAAUUGUAGUGCAAUCAAAGCUGGAUGUACUGUAAAUGGAAGUACAGGAUGUAUGGCUAGAACUUGUGCAAAUGCCACAGGUUUUACAUUUAAUCAUGAUAAUUGUUAUUCUUGGUUGAAAACUUGUACAGUAAAUUAGACUAAUAAUGGUUGCACUAUCAUGACUGCAAAAUGUUCAGAUUAAUCAUCUACUUAAUGUCUAAAUGCAAUAGAGGGAGUGUGUCUUAGUGUUUAAUUCUAUUUGUAUUAGAAAAGGAUGUGA